UGGGCUGAGGGGUGGGGGGCAGAGUGCUAGCGCCCCGGCGGCGGCGGCGACGGCGGCGGCGGCAGGUCCGGAGCGCCCGAGGACGUCGGCCCCGCCAGCGGGGAGGGCGCGAGAGCGAGCUCGAGGCGGCGCGGCGGCCACUUGGCGCGGCCCCCAGGUGGAAAUGAGUUCUCAGCAGUUUCCUCGGUUGGGAACCCCGUCCACUGGGCUCGGCCAAGCCUCUUCCCAGAUUCCGAGCAGCGGCUCUGCAGGACUGAUAAACCCAGCUGCCACAGUCAAUGAUGAACCUGGUCGAGAUGCUGAAGUCGGUGCCAGGGAGCACCUGGGUGCCAGCGGUUCCCUGCAGUCCCGGGAAGACAAGCAAGAGCCUGUGGUGGUGCGGCCCUACCCCCAGGUGCAGAUGCUGUCUACACACCACGCGGUGGCGUCCGGCGCCCCUGUCACAGUGACGGCGCCCCCCGCCCACCUGACGCCAGCAGUGCCACUCUCGUUCUCGGAGGGACUCAUGAAGCCACCCCCAAAGCCGACCAUGCCCAGCCGCCCCAUUGCUCCUGCUCCACCUUCUACCUUGUCACUUCCGCCCAAAGUUCCAGGCCAGGUGACUGUUCCCAUGGAGAGUAGUAUCCCUCAGGCCUCAGCCAUUCCUGUGGCAACAAUCAGCGGACAGCAGGGACACCCGAGCAACCUGCAUCAUAUCAUGACCACCAACGUGCAGAUGUCCAUUAUCCGCAGCAAUGCUCCUGGGCCUCCCCUUCACAUCGGAGCAUCUCAUUUACCUCGAGGGGCGGCGGCGGCGGCUGUGAUGUCCAGCUCUAAAGUGACCACGGUCCUGAGGCCGACUUCCCAGUUGCCAAAUGCUGCUACCGCUCAGCCAGCAGUGCAGCACAUCAUUCACCAGCCAAUCCAGUCGCGGCCGCCUGUCACCACCUCCAACACCAUCCCUCCUGCCGUGGUCGCCACCGUCUCGGCCACCAGGGCCCAGUCUCCGGUCAUCACGACGACAGCAGCACAUGCUGCUGACUCAGCACUCAGCCGGCCAGCGCUGUCCAUUCAGCACCCACCGUCCGCAGCCAUCAGUAUCCAGCGCCCGGCUCAGUCCCGCGACGUGACCACCAGGAUCACGCUGCCAUCCCAUCCUGCCCUGGGGACGCCCAAGCAGCAGCUCCACACCAUGGCCCAGAAAACCAUCUUCAGUACUGGCACACCCGUGGCGGCAGCGACUGUGGCUCCAAUCCUGGCGACCAACACCAUCGCCUCAGCAACCACGGCCGGAUCUGUGUCACACACACAGGCUCCCACGAGUACAAUUGUCACCAUGACGAUGCCCUCACAUUCAUCCCAUGCUACUGCUGUGACUGCCUCCAACAUCCCUGUGGCUAAGGUGGUGCCUCAGCAGAUCACACACACGUCCCCCAGGAUCCAGCCUGAUUACCCGGCCGAGAGGAGUAGCCUGAUCCCCAUCUCAGGACACCGGGCCUCGCCCAACCCUGUGGCCAUGGAGACUCGGAGCGACAAUAGACCGUCUGUUCCUGUUCAGUUCCAGUACUUUCUGCCAACGUACCCACCCUCUGCGUACCCGCUGGCCGCGCACACGUACACCCCGAUCACCAGCUCUGUGUCCACCAUCCGGCAAUACCCAGUUUCCGCUCAGGCUCCCAACUCCGCCAUCACCGCUCAGACUGGCGUCGGGGUGGCAUCCACGGUCCACCUCAACCCCAUGCAGUUGAUGACUGUGGACGCAUCUCACGCUCGGCACAUCCAGGGGAUCCAGCCAGCGCCCAUCAGCACACAGGGGAUCCAGCCAGCCCCCAUUGGCACCCCGGGCAUCCAGCCGGCGCCUAUCGGCACGCAGGGGAUCCACUCCGCCACCCCAAUCAGCACCCAAGGACUCCAGCCCGCACCGCUGGGCACUCAGCCACCCCCAUCUGAGGGCAAGACUUCAGUGGUCUUGGCUGACGGAGCCACAAUCGUCGCCAACCCCAUUAGCAGUCCGUUCAGUGCCGCCCCAGCAGCGACCACCGUGGUGCAGACCCACAGCCAGAGUGCCAGCAGCAGCGCGCCGCCCCAGGGCUCAUCCCCUCGCCCCAGCAUCCUCCGGAAGAAACCGGCCACGGACGGAAUGGCAGUCCGGAAAACCCUCAUUCCCCCGCAGCCUCCUGAAGUGGCCAGUCCUCGCGUGGAGAGCUCCAUGCGGAGCACGUCCGGGUCGCCCAGGCCUGCAGGUGCCAAACCCAAAUCAGAGAUGCACGUGUCCAUGGCUGCUCCGAUCCCUGUGUCCUUGGAAAAUGUGUCCAGCCAGAACAGCGACCAGCCCAGCAUCGCAGUGCCCCCUGCGACCCCCCAGCCGCCGCCCGCCAUUCCCGCCAUGAUCGCCGCCGCCAGCCCCCCGUCGCAGCCCGCCGCCGCCCUGUCCACCCUCCCCGGAGCCGUGCCCAUCACGCCGCCCAUCACCACCAUGGCGGCUGCGCCCCCGCCCUCCGUGGCCGUGGGGGGCAGCCUCUCCUCUGUGCUGGGCCCCCCCGUGCCUGAGAUCAAAGUGAAGGAGGAAGUGGAGCCCAUGGACAUCAUGAGGCCAGUAUCCGCCGUCCCCCCGCUGGCUACCAACACUGUGUCUCCGUCUCUCGCGUUGCUGGCUAACAACCUGUCGAUGCCCACAAGUGACCUACCACCUGGUGCCUCCCCAAGGAAAAAGCCUCGGAAGCAGCAGCACGUGAUUUCCACGGAGGAGGGGGACAUGAUGGAGACCAACAGCACCGACGACGAGAAGUCCACCACCAAGAGCCUCCUGGUGAAGGCGGAGAAGCGCAAGUCCCCUCCCAAGGAGUAUAUCGAUGAAGAAGGGGUGCGGUAUGUCCCAGUGCGCCCGAGACCACCUAUCACUUUGCUCCGUCACUACCGGAACCCCUGGAAAGCUGCCUACCACCACUUCCAGCGGUACAGCGACGUCCGGGUCAAAGAGGAGAAGAAAGCGAUGCUGCAGGAAAUAGCUAAUCAGAAAGGAGUGUCCUGCCGUGCCCAAGGCUGGAAGGUCCACCUCUGCGCUGCCCAGUUACUACAGCUGACGAAUCUAGAACACGAUGUUUAUGAAAGGCUCACCAACCUGCAGGAAGGGAUUAUCCCAAAGAAGAAGGCCGCGACGGACGACGAUCUGCACCGGAUAAGCGAGCUCAUACAGGGCAACAUGCAGAGGUGCAAGCUGGUGAUGGACCAGAUCAGCGAGGCCAGAGACUCCAUGCUGAAGGUCUUGGACCACAAAGAUCGUGUCCUGAAGCUUCUAAACAAGAAUGGGACUGUGAAGAAGGUGGCAAAAUUGAAGCGGAAAGAAAAGGUCUAGACGCAGAAGAAUCAGGACUUCGGAAACAGAAUUGAUGAAGAAUGAUGAUGGGGGCGGGGGGAGGGUUUUCGGCAAUUUUCACGUGGAACAUUGAGAUAAGGGAAGCUUUCCUCCCGGUGUGAAAGCAGAGGGACCCUUGGCGUCCAGUGGCACACGCGGAUCAGGCCUGGCGUGACACGGUGACUGGACUGCGUCCUUCCUCCCAGGCGCCCCCUCCCACCUUCCUCCCUGCCGUGCCAUCAGCGGCUCCCGCUCACCAGUGUCGGCCGUUCAGAAUCAGUGCCGGGGUAGAUGGCCGUUCCCCAGCCUCCCACUUCACAGACUCUAUUUAUCUGGUGGAUCCCUGCAGGACCCGGCCUGGGCCCAGACUGAAAGUCCCCCUCGGACCGUCUGUUCCCUCGACACUGAAGUCCAGCCUCUCCCGGGCACCAAGGCCGGCUCUCCCGGUGGACCCCAGCUGCCCGCCGGCCCGCUCCAGCCGGCUCACCUACCGAGUCUCAUCUUUUGUUUCUUUUUCCUUUCCUUGCCUUCUCCUUUUCUUGGAAGAACCAUUUCAGAGUGAAAUCGUUCUUUUGUGUGUCCUGUGUGUGUCGGGAGAUGGGUUUGUGGAGCGGUGCCGAGCAGGCAGACACAUGGGCGCCUCCGGACGCUCGUUCCGAGUCCACUCUGGGUUCUCAGUACUCCGUGCCUGGUGCGAUGCU